AUGGCUGAUGCUUCUGCACUUGAAGAGUUACGAAAGGAGCGGCAGCGGCGGUACGCGCAACUUUCCCGGACCGAAAAGCCUCGCAUCGAGCCGUGUUGCCACUGUAAUGAACCGCCGUAUAAAGAGCGAGUAUGUCCCGUUACGGGAGUUUACCAUAAUCACGACAAACAGAAAAUAGUCGGGGGUUCUGUCGUCAACUCGAACAUCGUUAACUCUUCUGAGCUGAUGAAAGCCAUUGAACUCUCACGUGUGCGGUGGGCGCCCAGCCGGACCAAACUCGUUCGGGUGGAUGUCACUUCCUUGAAUCUGUUUCAAAGUUUUGUACGACAGAGCGGCUGGGCAGUUCAGCGAUGUGGUAUUUUGUACGGCAAGUACGAUUCAGCCGAGUCCACGAUAGAGGUUCAUGCAGUGUACGAACCAGAGCAGGAGGGAGGCUUACAGAAAUUUAUUUGCCUACGUGAUAGUCGUGUCGGGACGGUAGAUCGACUGGCGGAGCGGUUGGGUCUCCGGCGCGUGGGCAUGGUGUGUACACAUCAGGCAAGGGAUCCAGAUAAAAUGGUUCUUAGCGGAUACGAACUGCUACUCUGUGCUCGAGAGCAGUCCCGUUUUGGAGAUGAGUGUGUUUUGUUGACCAUGAGUCCAAGCAUCACCACCGGACGCAUUGAGUGCCAGGCAUGGCAGGCGUCCCCACAAGCUGUGCACUUUUACAGACUUGGUACCCUCACCGAGAAACUUGACGCUGACCCAAGAAACAGUACCGUGGUCACAGGCACUGCCGAUGGGUUUUGUGGGGAUGAAAUUCCGAGCCAUUUUGUAUACAGUAGCAUUUCACUAGAGGUAGCUCAGGAACAGACAGACGACAAAGGGCGCCCGCAGGUGAUUACCAAGGCCCCAAGUAAGGAGAUUGAUACACGCUGGUUUACAAGUUACGUGGCGGUUGACCCGUUCGACUCACACGUCGUGAAAAAUUUGUUUGUACGUAUCUCCCGACCAGGGAUGGAUCCACCGACGAUUACAAAUCUCCGCAAUUACCUGAAGGAUCCCAAGAGGGCCGACGUGCCGAUAUUGCAGAAACUUGCUGACUUUCACGUGCUUAUUUUUCUUGCCUUUGAUGUCUUUUCUGGCGUUAAUGAGGUACUGACUAUCAUUGAUGCGAUAAAAGAGAAUAGCCUCGCACCGCUUGCCGAACCGCAUGUGAAAACACUGCAGUUGCUCAUCGAAAGUUAG